AUGUUCACAUUAAUUUUGUUUAGUUUACUCAUAGUAUCGUCUAAAGGAGAACGGUACAAAAGAUACCUUGUAUAUCCCGACGGUGGACCAGCCAGAGCUCAGUUUAUCAUUGGCUUGGGUGUUCCUGUAGAUCUAAAAGAAGCAUCUGUCACAGUUGGUACUGUUAUAAAGUUUCAAUAUGACUUACCAACAAAUAGUACGGAAUAUACCAGUAGAAUUUAUGGUUUCGCUAACACAGUUUCUAGGGACAUGCAUAAUGAUAUAGAAGAAAAUGAUGUACAAGAAAACGAAAAUGAGAUAGACACUUCAAGAGAUAUAAGCGAAGUAGAUGAUAUGACAGUUAACAAUAAUGAUACUUUAGUCGAUAUCACGUUUGAUGAUAAAAGAAGAAAACGAUCACUUUAUUACGCAGAAGGUGAGGUAGUUAAUGCUGUUGAAAUGUCAAGUAAUUCUGAUCUACCUCUAGAAGAAGCUAUAAGACGCCAGGAACUGAUUGACGAAAAAAUAUUGAGAGAAAAAGAAGUAGAAGAAAGAGAUCCUCAAAGAAUGAAUAGAUGGGACUUUUAUAAAAUAAUGGAGCAUAUGAUGGAGAGGUACGGUUAUUCAGGCAGGCCCUGCUUGUUGCGGACCAUCUGCGAGGCAGCCGAGGUGCCUUUCACAUACGAGAGCGGGCUGCUCGGAGAAAUUGGCCAUAUAUUAUUCACGCCCUCUACAACUAAAGAUGAGUUAUCCCACCAUUCUGACAACGAAUAUCACGCAGCUGAGCGGCUCGGCAGGUCGGCUGACACAAGCUGUGAGUCAUUAUUCCCCGAAUGUGAGUCAUCUGUACUGGAAACCUUCACUGGCAUCGGAAUAGAUACAUUACAUAAAUUUGGGCUGUAU